AUGCAAUCAUCGUCUACGUCGUCUUCGAACUGGGACUUCACUCCGGUGAUUAACCUACUACGUUCGCCCACCUACGGCGAUGGUUACCAGACCGGCCUCUCUCGCCACCAUGAGUCUCGCCGGAGUCCAUCCACCUCGGGAUCUUCUACGCCUAAGAACAUCGUGAAGCACCCGAGCCUUCAAACCAACGAUGUGGCUUCUCAACCCGAUAGCUCCCCUAAACUCGGCGAUUUCAGCACUCUCUGGAAUGCUUUGGGUCCUACCUCCACCCCUGUCAAGACAGAGGCUGGGGCGUACGGAGAACAUCCGGCCCCGAAGGUUGCUGCUGAGCAGCAAUAUCAGCGAUCACCACGAAUUGAAAUUUUAAAACGACCGGCACAGACAAGGGACGUUGGAAGCUUCAGUGAUGAGCUUCCCCGGACUCCUCCUAAGCCCAUCCCUGGUUCCGGCACCGCCAAAUCCGGUAAAUCUACUGCUAGAAGCAGCAAAUCCAAACAACCAUCCCAGAAUACGUAUUCCUUCGAGUCUAGCUCCCCGGGAAGCAGCGCGGAAGCAGACUCUGAUGUCAGUAUCUUCGAUCCGACUUUCUCAGGAGGGAAGGGCGUUCUGUCUUUGGUCCCUCCGCAGGUGGACGCACCACCUAUUAUCAAAAAGCCUUGCGAAACACCACCAUCAUCUUAUGACGAACGUGAUGAAGACUUGACUCCCAGGGGCAUCAAGAAUGUUCCCAGCUGCGGCUCUAUCCGUGUCCAGCCUCUUGCAUACAAAUUAUCCUCCGAAAGGAGGGUUGGCCUUUUAACCAAACUUUUACACAACUUCCCUGAGUACGCGGAGACUGUUGCACAGCUUGGUCGCUCUGCGAAUCCAAGCCGCACUGCACAGGCCUCCCGUCCUAUCCAUGUCUUUAUUGACAUGUCCAAUGUAAGUUGCGUUCUUCAGCACAAUCAAAUAAUUUCUAGACUGACCCCGUCUUCUCUGAUGCAGAUCAUGGUAGGAUUUCAUGAUUCUGUAAAAGUAUCACGAAACAUACCAGUGACGACACGCAUCCGACGAGUGCCUCUCUCGUUUCAGAACUUUUCUCUGAUACUGGAGCGAGGUAGGCCGGCUUCCAAACGAGUACUGGUGGGAUCCGAUCGGUUCGCGGCGAUUGACGAGGGCGAGAAGCUUGGCUACGAGGCGAAUAUCCUCGACCGAGUGCAGAAGGUGAAACAGCCAACUCGCCGUCAGUUGCGGUUCCGGAAGAAUACUCGGGGCGCUCAGGAUGGCAGUGGUUCUGAAACGAACGACGUGCCUCCCGGGCGAUGGGUCGAGCAGGCUGUGGACGAAAUUCUGCACCUGAAGAUCCUGGAAAGCCUGUUGGACACCGAUGAACCGGCGACCAUCGUGCUCGCGACGGGAGAUGCGGCGGAAGCCGAAUACUCGGGCGGGUUCAUGCGAAUGGUCGAGCGGGCGCUGCAGCGCGGGUGGAAUGUGGAACUGGUGAGCUUUUCGCAAGUGACCAGCUACGCCUAUCGCAAGAAGGAAUUUCGAGCCAAAUGGGGCGAUCGAUUCAAGCUGAUCGCGUUGGAUGGUUACAUCGAGGAGUUGAUGGCAUGCACAUAG